UCUCGUUCGUCGGUUGGAUUCAGAUCGGAUCGGAUUCAUCAUCAAUCGGGUUGGCAAAAAUGACGGUUACCUAUGGAGUGGACAAGUGCCCAAAAAAGUUCGAUGAGUAUCGCUGCACAUUGACAGAGAAAUACCGGACCGUUGCUAAGGAACAGCUAAGGGAGGAUGACACUCUGAGGGAACAAGCUCUGGAAGGAAUGAGGGCCUGGAUCGCCAAACAUCCUUAUAUCAGACGGUGCCGAACGGAUUCCCUGUUCCUGUUGCGGUUCCUGAGGCAGAGGAAGUUUUCAAUCCCUUUGGCCUGUGAAACACUGGAACGAUACCUGGCAAUGCGGCAAACUUUCCCGCACUGGUAUCAGAAUUUGGACCCACAGGAUGCCGAUAUGCAGGAAAUGAGCUUCAACGACGUUUUCCAAGCACUUGGAUUCGAUGAACACGGACGAAUCCUGAUACUGAUCAAAUCCCGAAACUUCAAUGUGGAAAAGUUCACCCUAGUCCACUUGGUGCGGUACCUGCACAUGUACAUGGAAAUCCUUUCCAGUGACGAACGCAUUCAAAUCGCCGGAAUCGUCCUCAUAGUCGACUGCUUCCAGACGACGAUGAUGCACUUUACCCUGUUCAAUCUGAGCGACAUGAAGAACAUGAUGCCGUACAUCAAUCAUCUGCUGCCGGUGCGUUGCAAGGAGAUCCACGUGCUGCGGCUGCCCAAGAUGAGCGUCACCCUGGUCGAUAUCCUGUUCACCUUCGUCAGUCCCAAGCUGAAGCAGCGAUUCUUC